AUGACCCAGGCAGUCAAGCUCGCCUCCAGAGUGCUCCAUCCAGCCCACCUGCCUCGGCAGCUGGAUGCCUCGCUGGCCUCUAGAGGUCCCAACUCUGGUCUCCGGAGUCUGCCUGACAUCCCUGGGCCCUCUAUGCCUGGCUUCCUGGCAGAACUUUUCUGCAAAGGGGGGCUGUCCAGGCUACAUGAACUGCAGGUGCAGGGAGCUGCGCGCUACGGGCCGAUAUGGUCCGGCAGCUUCGGGACCCUUCGCACAGUGUAUGUGGCCUCCCCUCCACUCGUGGAGCAGCUGCUGCGACAGGAGGGUCCUUGUCCCGAGCGCUGCAGCUUCUCGUCUUGGGCAGAGCACCGUCGCCGCCACCAGCGGGCUUGCGGAUUGCUAACAGCGGAUGGCGAAGAAUGGCAGAAGCUCCGGAGUCUCCUGGCACCGUUACUCCUCCGGCCUCAAGCAGCCGCUGGCUAUGCUGGAACUCUGCACAACGUGGUCCGCGACCUGGUGCGACGACUGAGGCGCCAGCGGGGACGUGGGUCUGGGCUACCCAACCUAGUCCAGGACGUGGCGGGAGAGCUUUACAAAUUUGGUCUAGAAGGCAUAGGCGCCGUGCUGCUGGGUUCCCGCCUGGGAUGCCUGGAGGCUGAAGUCCCUCCCGACACAGAGACCUUCAUCCAUGCAGUGGGGUCCGUGUUUGUGUCCACGCUCUUGACCAUGGCAAUGCCCAACUGGUUGCACCGUCUUGUACCCGGACCCUGGGCCCGCCUCUGCCGAGACUGGAACCAGAUGUUUGCUUUUGCCCAGAAGCACGUGGAGCAGAGAGAAGGCGAAGCAGCCCAGAGGAAACCCGGAAAGCCUGAGGAGGACGUGCCGUCUGGUCAUCACUUAACCCACUUCCUCUUUCGGGAAAAGUUGUCUGUCCAGUCCAUCGUGGGGAACGUGACAGAGCUACUACUGGCUGGAGUGGACACGGUAUCGAACACGCUCUCCUGGACGCUCUACGAGCUCUCCCGGCACCCGGAAAUCCAGUCCGCACUUCACUCUGAGAUCGCAGCUGCCAUGACCCCUGGCUCAGGUGCCCACCCCGGAGCCACCGCUCUGGCCCAGCUACCCCUGAUGAAAGCUGUGAUAAAAGAGGUGUUAAGACUGUACCCCGUGGUACCCGGGAAUUCCCGUGUCCCAGGCAGAGACAUCCGAGUGGGUGACUAUAUUAUCCCCCAAAAUACGCUGGUCUCUCUAUGUCACUAUGCCACUUCAAGGGACCCUGCCCAGUUUCCAGAGCCAAACUCUUUUAAUCCAGCUCGCUGGCUGGGGGAAGGUCCAGCCCCCCACCCUUUCGCAUCUCUUCCUUUUGGCUUUGGCAAACGCAGCUGCAUAGGGAGACGCCUGGCAGAGCUUGAGCUACAAAUGGCUUUGGCCCAGAUCCUGACCCAUUUUGAGGUGCUCCCUGAACCGGGUGCUCUCCCAGUCAGACCCAUGACCCGGACUGUCCUGGUACCUGAGAGGAACAUCAACCUUCAAUUUGUGGACAGAUAGUCCUAUGGGAGGAAG